CUUAUUUUUCUACUUAUCUUCUUCGUCAUCGUAUUUCCUCGCGAAGAAAGGAAAAGAAACGAAAACAUCCUGUCCUCUUUUCACUUGUACUUUGCAUUUGAAGUUGUAUUCAAGUCUGAGUAUUAGAUUCCCGAAACAGCUAAUUGUUGUCAGUGAUCGAUAAUUAGGAAGAAAAUGUUCAACGCAAUGAUGGAUCCCGACAUGAUCAGAAUCGCGCAGGAGCAGAUGAGUCGCAUGUCCCCAGACGAAUUAGCUAGGAUCCAACAACAGAUGAUGUCCAAUCCUGAGUUGAUGAGAAUGGCCUCAGAAAGCAUGAAUAAUAUGCGACCAGAAGACUUGAAAAAUGCUGCAGAACAGCUAAAGUAUGCCCGCCCGGAGGAGAUGGCUGAAAUUGGUGAAAAAAUGGCUAAUGCGUCACCUGAAGAAAUUUCUUCUAUGCGUGCUCGUGUCGAUUCCCAGAUGGCAUAUGAAAUAAAUGGGGCUGAGAUGUUGAAGAAACAGGGGAAUGAACUACACAAUCAGGGCAGGUACAAAGAGGCCUCAAACAAAUAUUUGCUUGCAAAAAGAAAUCUGAAAGGACUUCCAUCCUCUAAAAGCAGAGCGCUGUUACUAGCAUGUUCCCUUAACUUGAUGUCCUGCUACCUGAAAACAAGGCAAUAUGAUGAGUGCAUAAAAGAAGGCUCUGAGGUUUUGGCAUAUGAUGCAAAGAAUGUCAAAGCUCUUUAUCGAAAGGGUCAAGCUUAUAGAGAGCAAGGACAGUUGGAGGAUGCUCUGUUGGAUUUAAGCAAGGCGCAUGAAGUUUCCCCAGAUGAUGAAACUAUUGCAGAGGUCUUCAGGGAUGUUGAGGAAAGAUUGGUCAAAGAAGGCAGACAUCAAGCACGUAAAGGAUUAGUUAUUGAAGAAAUAACUGAUGAAGUUGAGACAGCCUCUUCUGUAAACCAAAAAAGUUCAUUAAGGGAAAAUGCACAAGCGCAAGAGAGUAUCGACAUCUCUACAAAUGAGCGUGGGGAUAGCAAUGGAGGCUUAACAACCAAUUCUGACCAUUUUCAAGCUGUGAGUGAUGACCCAGAGGCAAUCAGAUCAUUCCAGAAUUUUGUUUCUGGUGCUGAUCCUGAAACCCUGGCUGCCUUUAGUGGUGACAAAGCAAGAGACAUAUCUCCUGAAAUGUUCAAGACUGCCUCAAAUAUGAUAAGCAAGAUGUCACCUGAAGAGCUUCAGAAAAUGCUUCAGAUGGCUUCCUCUUUUCAAGGGCAAAAUUUGCAUCCCACAGGGGAUCCCUCCAGACCUGGAUUGUUUCCUCCAAAUAUAACACCUGACAUGCUUAAAGCGGCAUCUAAUAUGAUGAGUAAGAUGCCAUCUGAAGAGCUUCAGAAGAUGUAUGAAAUGUCAUCCUCUUUGAAGAGGAAAGAUGCGGUUCCAACUCCAGCAACCUUAGACUCUAAUAGGCUAAGUUCAGAUAAUGGGUUAAGAUCAUCAGAAACUCGUGAAAAAAUUUUAGUCAAUGGGAAUGAUGCAGGUGAAACUAGUUCUUCGCGUACUUCCCUUUCAAAUAGAAGUAGUGCACCAGAGCCAAGCUUUCCAUCGUCAAAUUUUGAUUUGCAAGAGCAGAUGAGAAAUCAAAUGAAAGAUCCGGCUAUGCGGCAGAUGUUCACAUCAAUGAUGAAGAAUAUGAGCCCAGAAACGAUGGCAAGCAUGAGUGAACAAUUUGGAAUGAAACUUUCUAAGGAAGAUGCGGCGAAAGCCCAACAAGCCAUGUCGUCGUUAUCCCCUGAGCACUUAGACAAAAUGAUGUGUUGGAUGGAUAGGAUUCAAAGGGGAGUAGAAGGUACAAGGAAAGCAAAGAACUGGUUGUUGGGGCGACAAGGCCUGAUUCUGGCUAUAUGCAUGCUCAUUUUAGCUAUUAUCCUUCACCGGCUGGGUUUCAUUGGUAAUUAGAGUUAGUACCCACCUCUGUUGAUUAUUCAUGAGUCCCUAUUCAUUAUUCUUACAACUUGCCCACUUAGAAAGCACUACAAAAGACUUGGAUGGUAGGAUUAAAGACGGAAAGUGUGUCAAGUUUGUAUGUCAUGACUAACAAAACAAAGAACUGUUCAAUUUCUUUGGUGCUCGUUUUGUAACUUUUGGGACAAAGAUAAAGAAAUCCCAAAUGGCCAAUGGGAUAUCUUAAAUUAGAUCCCAAAUUUUUUUUUAUCUGAUCUCUUGCUUUUUGUAA